AUGGAGAUCGCGAGUACCGCAAUUGGGGUGGUUGGGCUGGCGGCCCUCUUUAGUACCUGCAUCGAGACGCUCGAUACUCUCUCAUCUGCAGCGAGAUAUAGCGUCAAUAGGGAGAUCCUGCAGACGAAGAUUGAAGUAGAGCGACUACGGUUGAUGGUUUGGGGAGAGUCCGCCGGGAUCACUGACAUUGAUCCCAAUCGACCUGAACAUGAGACUCCAGACGACCUUGCCAUUCUAGACGAGUCGCUCCAGGGUGCAGCGCUGCGUCCAGCCGUUGCAGGUCUACUAACAUGCUUCACCCAUUAUUUUGAAGACAUCGAACAGCUCCAGAGCCGGUAUGGCGUUGCUCCACGGAAGGAAAGCCAAGAGAAACAGAAGACAACUGCCUUGGCGGAGAAACCAACGAGGGAGAUGCUGCUAUCCACCUUUCAGAAAACAUAUCUGCGGUUUCAAGAAAGGACUUUGACGACACAAAAAAAGACAUCGCCUUUAAAAAAGGCCAUGUGGGCAGUCAGCGAUGAGCGCAAGUUCCGAGUCCUAAUUGCAGAGCUGAGAGCCAUCAAUGACUCGCUCACUUCGCUAUUACCAGCCAUCCGCGACAAGACACGCGUUCAGAUGCGGGCUGAGAUUCUGCGAAGCAGUGAUGUGAACCAACUUCAGAAUCUCGUCACUGCCGCUGAUGAUGUUACGGAUCUCAUUGCUGAGACGGCCAGCUUGAGGUUGGAGAUGCUGUCAACGGCCAGCCAGCAUGGAGCCCCAACGCCAGCCCCAAGAGCUGUGCAGGUUAUACCAACAUCAGCGACAUCACCGCAUGGUCUGCUAACCCACCCAUCCGCCCAGGAUCCAUUACCCAGGCCCAAAUCAAUUGUGCAGAACCUGAUUGCGGCGACACUGGCUGCUCCCUCAGGUCUUCCAUCCAUGCCCGGCGGUACAACAUGUGAUCUGUACGAUAACACAGGUGCCUUGGUAAUCCACAAGGCCUACCAUAAGCCAAACAGUCUGGCUUGCUUUACGUGGCUUGUCGGCCUUGGUGAGACUCCAGAGUCUUCAGAAGUUCAAUUGGUGUCUGACUCCGUUUUCGAUCUACGAUAUAUCCCCGACAAUAUAUCGAGAGUGGCAGACAAGUUACUGGAAGUGAGCGUAGAUGCUGACAGGAAAUAUGCCGGAUGGUCUCCCGGAUCAACCUCCCUGACAGGGUUUGCCAGGGAAGCCACAUUCUGGAACAGGGCCUCGGAACUUGAAAACCGGGUAGAUCCUAGCUGGAAGCGAACCAAGUCAAAACAACUAUACACCAGCUUUAUUCACCAGAGAUGGAAGAAGAUCGUAGCAGAGGGCCUAGGCGAUGACUUCACGGACAGAAAGGGCUAUGACCAGUUGGAAGAGCUCUUGGGUCCUAGCGAAUACACAUGGCUUGAUUCCGAGGAAGGCUAUAAGCUGCGACAUCAAAUCACAGACCUGCUCGGGGCUCUGAGCAGCUCUAUUGUGCCCAGUUUUGAAGCCACCGGGAGCAUCGCCCUUCUUGCAUUCUAUGAGAAAAUCGAUCCGAACGCGCGCUUUGGAUUUGCCGACUUUAUGCGACAGAUGCUCGUGGCCCGCGAGGCGAUCCUACGGAUCCAGCGAGACGACCGACGCUGGUAUGGCGGGAUCACUACGCGCGUCAUUUAUGACAUGAUCGCCGCCGAUCUCUGGGCACAAAACAUGGAGGUCAACAUCGAUGCAGGAUUCAAAGUAUCGAAGAAUGUGCUUCAGCAGCAGAUGGAUGGCAUCAUCAAAUUUGUUGAUGAGAUGCAGUGGCCUUAUGCAGACGAGGUCCGCAAGACAGCGAACCACCUGCGAGAGGCCCAGGCCCACGAAAUCAACGUCGACGUGCGUGUCCAUGACUGGAUGGGUGGACUGGUCUUCCCAGGCGCUUCAUUCCCUCUCACUGUCGUUGGGGUAGUGUACCUGCUCUCACCGACCCUGCGCGCGCACAUGCCGAGUGAAAGUGUCAAUAUCCGCCAGGGAAACUUUGGCAUCGUCUAUCCAGAGGCCUCAUACUGGCAUUCCCGCUCCGUACUAGGAAAGGUUCUCGCACCACUUUCUCUCAGCAGUGAGACAGGCCGCCCCCAGGUCCGUUGUUUAGGCGGCUGGAUUGGGCCUUGUCCUUCUCCAUCCAUCCCGGAAUGCAGACUUGGCAUCACAGUCUCAUUGUCAACUCGUCAGCCUCCCUUUGCUCCGCUAGAAUUGUAUUCCAGCGGAGGAGAUGCAGAUACUAUAUCGACGAGCGGUGGACAGGGCGAUAGCGGCGAGUGGAUGCUGCCGAAGCCGCCGGUGAGAUCCUCUGAUACUGUUGCAGUUCAGACCAUCCGCCUCUCCAAGGUGGCAGUCGCCAGCACUAGCGCCAAAGAUGCACCGCUGUAUACGGCGCUGAUUGAUUUCCGCCUGGAACGUAGCCGCACAUUCGUGACCUUCACGCUAUACACCAACAGCGUGUUUGUUGCCGCGCCGGCGUGCCGAGGUACUCACAAAAUAGACCCACGUGCGGCAGGGCAUUACACCUUCGGUGUACGGGGAGUCGAGGAGCUCGGAAGAAUGUCCCAAAAGGGGGAUGCUGCUGCGAACAUGGCUAUUCUGGUUGUGAACGCGACAGGCGGCCCGGUGAGUGAGGUAUUUGCGCGUGCUUGGUGCUCGCAUACAGGGACCAACGCGGUGGUGUGGCGGCACGAAGGGGGCAAAUGUUGUUUCAAGUGCGCGCUCAUGGUUGCGUCCACGGAUGGCUUGGGGACUGGGGUGUUGAUAGUUUGUUAA